GCGGAGAGGCGAGAUCACACUGCGGAGUGCUGACAGGCUGGAAACAAAUGAAACAAGCGAGCGUCAACACCAACGGCUGUCUCUUUCCCACCAAAUUAAUUGUCAUCAAACGUCGUAGAAAGCUCGUAGAGGAAGGCCCAGGCGGGGUCGUGGGUGGCUCAGUACAAGGGUGUUUGUUCUCACCAAGGGUGUGUGCCUCUCCUCCCCCUGGGAGAAGGCCAGCAGGAUCAGGAUGUCGGAGGCUAGAGAGCGUAGCCCCCGCCACCAGAGACCCUGGUCAGUGUACCGGGCCAACACCUUUGACCUCUCCUCUGAGAUGAUCGGCCUGGCACUCGCAGGGAACAGCCAGGAUCCAGAUGAGCCUGUUCUAGAGUUCAGUGUGGCCUGUAAUGAGUUGGUGACUCCAGCUCUGGAGCGGAAACCCAACAGCUUUGUGGCAGUCAGCUGUACCACCCCUCCCCAGGCCUUCUGGACCAAACACACCCAGACUGAGAUCAUCGAGGGCACCAAUAACCCUAUAUUCCUGAGCAGCAUAGCCUUCUUCCAGGACUCUCUGAUCAACCAGCAGACGCAGGUCAAGCUGUCUGUGUACGACGUCAAGGACCGCUCUCAGGGCACGAUGUAUUUAUUAGGCUCAGCUCUGUUUCCUGUGAAGGAGUUGCUGCAGGAGAAGAACCACAGGUUACACCUGACCCUGAGAUCUGCAGAGAACAAGCAUGUGGGGAACAUCACCAUCAUUGCCUGGCAGAUAGAGGAGAAGAGGGAUCAGAGGACUCUGCCUGUUGCCAGGUUACCAGACACCAUCAACGGCAGGACCGUGCUUCCAGUGGAUGAGAGCCUGACCGAAUCCAUGGGUGUCAGAGCCAAAUAUGCAUCUUUAUGCAAAGACACUCUGCUGACAUCAGUGUUUGGAGGCACCAUGUCCAGAAUGUACCGUUUCCCCACCACGGAUGGUCACCACCUGCGGGUGCUAGAACAGAUGGCUGAAAGUGUGUUGUCUCUCAACAUCCCCAGACAGUAUGUCAAACUACUGCUGGAGGAGGACGCUGUCAGGGUUUGUGAGCUGGAGGAGCUGGGGGAGUUGUCACCAUGCUGGGAGAACCUACGACGACAGAUAGUCACUCAGUACCAGACCAUCAUCCUCACGUACCAGGAGACUCUCUCUGACCUCACCAACUACAAGGGUCCGUCAUUCAAGGCCAGUAACCUGAAGGCAGAGAGGAAGCUGGAGUUCAUACCCACCAACCUUCAUGUCCAGAGGAUGAGGGUGCAGGACGAGUCUGGCUUUGACCACACGUAUGACGUGGUGACUAUCGGGGCUCCCGCCGCCCACUACCAGGGCUUCAAGAACAGCGGCCUGCGCAAGCAAAUCACCAAGUUCGAGGAGGCCAAGAAACACGUUUAUGAGGAAGAAUGCAGUGCCCUGUCCAGCUGUCAGUCUAUAGUGUACAUCCCCCAGGACAUUGUCCGGGCCAAGGAGAUCAUCUCCCACAUCAACACCCUGAAGACCCAGGUCAGCUACUAUGCUGAGAGGCUGUCCCGCGCCGCCAAAGACCGCUCUGCCAAUGGUCUGGAGAGGACCCUCGCCAUCCUGGCUGAUAAGACUCGCCAGCUGGUGACGGAGUGCGACUGCAAACUGCUGGCCUCGGCCAUCCAGGCGCUGAACGCGGCACGUCCCGAGUACAUCGCCUCCAAGGCGUCACCCUCCGCCGACGCCACCGAUCAAGUAGUCCUGCGCAACGACCAGGACACGCUGCUGGCCAAGUGGAGCGGAUGCAACAGCCGGUCCUCGCUGCACGUCGACUGGCACGAGGAGGAGUGGGAGAAGGUGUGGGUAAAUGUAGACAAGAGUCUGGAGUGUAUCAUCCAGCGGGUGGACAAACUCCUUCAGAAGGACCGUCUGCCCGGAGACAGCAGCCAGGGGGACACUACGCCAGGCCACCAGCAGGGCGGCAGCAGUAAGAAAGGUAACCGGAGUACCAGGGCAUUCUGGAUCAACCCCGAUUGCAUGACCCAGGAGGAGCCUUCAUCAUCACUACCUUCCUCCCCAUCAUCAUCCUCCCUCCUGCCUGCUCUCACCCUGAAUCUGACUCAUGCAUGCCCACCCAGCCCUGACAAAAACCCAUAUGGCAGCCCCAGUGGCGAGGAGGCUUUCCCAGGGGAGUGGAGCGAGGCCCUGUACCCUCUCCUCACCACGCUGACAGAGUGUGUGGCUAUGAUGAGUGACAAGGCUAAGAGCUCCAUGGUGUUCCUGUUGAUGCAGGACAGUGCUCCUACCAUCGCCAUGGACCUCUCCCUGCAGUACAGACGAGACGUGGUCUUCUGCCAGACGCUCACUGCUCUCAUCUGUGGCUUCAUCAUCAAGCUGAGGAACUGUCUCCGUGACGAUGGCUUCCUCAGGCAGCUCUACACCAUCGGCCUGCUGGCCCAGUUUGAGUCUCUGCUCAGCACCUACGGCGAGGAGCUGUCAAUGUUGGAGGACAUGUCUGUUGGUAUCAUGGACCUACGGAACGUUACCUUCAAGGUGACCCAGGCAACCUCGAGCUCCUCCCCCGACAUGCUGCCGGUCAUCACUGGCAACCGGGACGGCUUCAACGUCCGCAUCCCGUUGCCGGAGACCAUGUUUGACGCGUUGCCGCGGGAGAUCCAGAACGGCAUGCUGCUGCGCGUCCAGCCGGUGCUCUUCAACGUGGGAAUCAACGAACAGCAGACGCUGGCAGAGAAGUUUGGAGACACGUCUCUGCAGGAGAUCAUUAACCUAGAGAGUCUGGCCAGACUCAACUCCUACUAUCAACAGUUCAAGGAGGUCCUACCUGAGGACUGCCUGCCCAGGUCCCGUUCCCAGACGUGUCUACCAGAGCUGCUGAGGUUCCUGGGACAGAACGUCCACGCCAGGAAGAACAAGAACGUAGACAUCCUGUGGCAGGCAGCAGAGAUCUGUCUAUUAUUUCGUCUGAACGGUGUGCGUUUCACCAGCUGUAAGAGUGCUAAGGACCGCACGGCCAUGUCCGUCACCCUGGAGCAGUGUCUGAUCCUACAGCACGAACAUGGCAUGGCCCCACAGGUCUUCUCCCAGGCCCUCGACUGCAUGCGCAGCAUUGGGACCAGGGAGGGGGUCACCCAGAAGAACCUGAGUGGCCUGUUGCCUGUGCGGGAUUUCAGGCUGGACCCCAGCCUGCUGUACUCCCUGCCCCUGCUGGCCCUCAGCCCCAACCUGCUGGUCGUCUGGCUGUUCCUCAGCGUCGCCUACUUCCUGGCCAAGCUCCGCUGCAGCUGAAGGCACAGCCCCUCUGCCACCCAGCCCCACCUACUCUCGACCUCUACUCACCUCUUCUCUCUGCCCGUUCCCCCCAGUGUGUCCAUCAGUCAGUCAGUCAGUCAGUCAGUCAGUCGGUCAGGAAGAAAGGCAAAAGGUUAGUUUGUCAGUCAAGGAGGAAGACAGGGAGUCAGUCAGUCGCUCUAUGUCAGUCUGUCGGGAGCUCGGCCGGGAGAACCCUCUGAUUGGUCAAGGGCAGACCGUGUGUACCUGACUGGACUUUAUGUGCGUCACUCGGCUAAACUGCCAGCUGUUCCACCCAAUGGGCAGCCAGCACUCCUCCCGCCCUGCUCUCUGUCCUAACCAAUCCAGUCAGAGCAGGAGGCUGGUCUAAAGGUCUAUGUGCAGAACUGUAUGAGACUGUUACUGUCAGUGUUCUGACAUAUUUCUCAGUUUAACACCCAUUGUUUUGCAACAAUCAAAUACAAACUGAGAGUAUGGAGAGAAACUUAGUGAAAUAUAGCCGGUAAGAAGUUUUAGCUGAAUUUAAUGGAUGUUUUGUCCCAGUUGUCCUUGAGUAUUUAUAAUGCCGCUUCCCAACUCAUGACAUGAUUAUAACCAUGAUAAUAUGAUGUAAUGGAUCCUUUGGUUUUGCACAGAGCUUAUUUUCAGUCAUGCAAAUGUUCUGGCUUGCUUGACGUUUACGUCUUCCAUAAGGUUUGCAUAAAGCAUAAGCCAAGGGAUGGCUUGGCCAUGCAAUAUCAAGCGGAUGUUUUGAUCUGGUGGCCAUUUUGUUGUUGUUCCUCAGGCCUUCCUACUCUUACAGCAGGAGAGACUUGUGUCCGCUUUCACUUUAAACCAAUGCACUUUUUUUCUCAACGUUGUCAUCUUAAUGAAGGUUAUUUGCUUGUCUUGCCAAUUGACACAGUUUCAUCUUGGUCGGAGCAAUUUGAAUUGGCUAAUUCUGGGAAUGUAUGGUAUUUCAGGGGACCUUUGUUGACUUGUUUGAUUAUGCAGUGUAGUUUUUCCGAAGUGUUAAUUUUUAGUUUAUCAAAUUUCAUUUAAUGUCUGAACCAAGUUUCCUAUUUACUAUAGAGUUUGUAUAUAUGAAUUGGUUCUUUGUUUGAGAACCUAUAAGGGUUGCAGUUCUAUGGAAAUGACAGAGAGAGUGGAGAGAAUGUACAUGGGCAAACCUCAAAUGGCUCCCUACCACCAAAUGAUGCACUACCUCUGACCAGUAGUGCACUAAAUAUAGGGGAUGAUUUGAGACCCAACCCAUGCUUGUUGUGCCAAAUGUUUUAGCCAGGUCUCAGAUGGUAGAUACAGGUCUUGGAUCUUUAUUCCAGGUCAAAGUAUUACUUCCAGAUCUCCCAGUAGCCCAAAUCCAUCCCGCUUCCACAGAGAAGUGCCCUAGAAAGGGAGAUUUGAUAUCAGACUCUUUGGGUUACUUCCAAGCCUUGCACUCUGGACUUCCUGGUGUCUGCUGAGAGAGUCCACACACCAUUAUCAUAUACAGUAGUUGCUAUCUAGUCCCAUAAAACAUGAUUAGCUAUCUAAUGGUAUAUGCACUCAUUAAUAUGUAGACUAGUGGUAAUAUCGUUUUCUAGCCCCAUAGCCUCUCUCCAUUUGAAUCAGUAUAAUACCUGUCUUCAGUGUUACGUCCCAAGACGGCCACACUCAAUCCAAUCUAAAGUGACCUACUAAAGAAAUGGACCAUCCGUCCCAAAAUAGCCUCCUCUGUGAGAUUGUCACGCUUGUCUUACAUCCCCUCCACCCCUCAUUUCCAACUCCUCGACCCCCACAAUGGAAAACUGGAGGGAUUAUUUUGUCCUUGUUGGUUGAGCUUUAUGCAAGCUUCUUAUAGGCCUCUCACCUGUGUGACUGGUAUGAGAGCUAGGCUGGGGUUAAUAGUGUAUUUAGGUUAGUUCAAUGGUUUGGUUUUGAAUAUUCAGAGGUUUUUUAUUUUUACCGAUUUUUGUGCAAUGUUACUGUUUUACAUGAUCAACAAAUACGUAAGUACAUGCAGUAUUUCUUUCUCAGUAUUCUACAGUAUUUACUUUUUCAAUCUUGUAAAUCCAUAUUGUAAAUAAUAGAAAUGUAUAAAAUCAGAUCAUCUAUUGAUAAGUAUGCUGGUGUAGAACUACCUCUUGUCCCAUGAAAACACCAUCUGACUGUCAGCCAGGGGAGGAGAGCUGAGGGGACAGCGAGGGGAAAAUGUGCUCCAUGAGAGCAUCACCCAAGUUCUGUCCCAAAUAGCACACUUUUCCCUAUGUAGUGCACUAAUUUUGACCAGAGCCCUAUAGGUCCUGGUCAAAGUAGUGUAGUAUAUAGGGAAUAGGGCGCCAUUUAGGACACAUCCCCAGUAUGUACAACAUUAGGAUGGCGUUUGCUUCAACCAAAUGUGAAAUAGCUCCUCCUGCUGGUUGGUAAUGAUACUACAGAAGCUGGUCACCCAGUUGGUCCUAAGAAAAGAGUUGGAUUGCUCCAUUCUGGGGAUACAUGCAAUUAGGAGCCCAUUCUAAAGUUGUAGAGAAUUGCAGAAUGUGCUGGUGGCAGUUUGUUCUGCUGGUGUAUUUAAUUCCCAUGAAGAAACCCACUGCGUUAAACAUGUUGUAACCAUAGUGAUGCUAAAUCCAGGAAUAUUCCAACUAAAACCAAGUUCCUGACUCAAUUCUCAAGUUUUAUUUUUUUGUUUCUCUUGAAUUCCUUAGUGCUUUUGAUGAUAGAGAAUAUAUUUAUAUUGCGUUGCAUUAUAUUUUCAUGCUUGUCUGUCUAAAUACUCAAGAUUUGCUAAAUAUAUGUAUUCUUAUGGAAAGUUUGAUGUGAUUACAUUAUUGUCAUGCAGGUGUCACUAUAAUGAGAGGGAGAAAUUCUCGUUGCUGUUCCAGAUAUCAUUGUAUCAACCCUUGUCUGGUACUUUGCCAAGUUCCAACCCAAUAUCAGGGUUGCUUGGAUAACCAUUUAUGAAUAUGCUCUGAAAUAGUAGACUUUUCUCCCUUUCGCUCUGAAACAGUAGACUUUUCUCCCUUUCUCUCUAAUGCUUCUCUCUGGAAAGUGAAAUAGCAGUCAAUUAGUCAGCAGCCCAAAGAAUCAGCUUUAAUGUUGUUAUAUAAUAAACGUCAUGCAAUAAACAUCAUGCCAAAUGUAUCAGAGGAGAAGGUGUAUACUUCACUAUAGAGUAUUUGAAUAGUUCUGUUUGUUUUCCCUGGAAUGGAACUGUUGCAUUGAAAUUAGAAUGUAGAACAUUUAAGUCUGUGUCUUUUGCUAUUGCUCUUGUUUCACGUUAUCUGUGGUGCUCGUAACUCUACCUAGAAAGCAGGUCUUCUGUACACAGUAUUAGUGUUCUGUACCGCUCCCUCCAACAUCCCAAUAUUUCCCGGGACAAUCCGUCCGUUCCUUUAGCUGUUGCCCCCUUGUUUCUUUGACAGUGGCGUGAAUGUGUUGGUUGGUUUUUGGGUUUCUCAUUGUCUUUUAACACAAGCCCUUUUUUGUUUUUGUUUUCUUCACUUUGCUGUCAUCCUCUCUAUCUGUGCUUGCUCCCCUCCCUUCCCUCCCUCUUUUCCCUUCCCUCCCUCUCUUCCCUUCCUCUCUUCUCUUCCCUUCCCUCCCUCUCUUCCCUUCUCUUCCCUUCCCUCCCUCUCUUCCCUUCUCUUCCCUUCCCUCCCUCUCUUCCCUUCUCUUCCCUUCCCUCCCUCUCUUCCCUUCUCUUC